AUGCCGAUGUCUAGUGGCACCACGGGCUACCACCCGGUCUUUGCCCCCCGCUUUGCGGGGGAGUUUGAGGAGCCAUUGGUGCGGGUACAGGGGUACACAGAGCCAAGGCUCACUUUUGUUCAGCACGCCGCCGUCGUUUUGGGAGUUUCCGCCACCACCGCGUUUCUGAGGCAUCCCAUCGUCAAAUUUGACUCCUUCUAUUUUUUAAGUGAUGUGCCGGGGGAGUCCAACCGCAUCUAUGCGUCGGACAAGCGCGCACAGUUAUUUCGCACACUAUUUAGCGUGCGCUGGUUUUCCGGGCCGUCAGUAUUGUGGAGCAUGUCCGAGUACGUCUUUCUUCUUGCCGUCUUCACCUGGCUGCGCGAGGUGCUGUCGUGGGGCAGUAACACUCCGAGGGGGUUUGCCGCCGGUAGUCUUACCGGAGUGGCGUAUGCAGCGGUGCGGCACCCGUACGACGUAUUACGUGCAACGUCAGAGGCCACUGGGGGGCCCAAGAAAUUUAGAGGCGUGGGAGAUGUUUUUAGGACGGCAUUACGAGAGAAGCCCUCUGCACUUCUUGGACUUUACCGUGGCUUUGCUUCUGCGGCGUGUGGUAGGCUGUUGCAGUUUGGCGCUCAGUUUGGUGUGUACAACGCAACACGGUACGACGGUGUAUAUCGCCAGACAUGUGUUUUAUUUUUUUACUGCCAUCUGGGUGCAAUUCUGGGGCUCUUUUUGCAGUAUCCCCUUCUAUCCGUCAAGUAUCAGCUGCACAUGCGCAACCAGUUCACGAAGGGCAGGCCCCACACAUAUCGAUCAUACAUUUUGGAGGUGCGGGCACGGCACGGCAUUAGCAAAAUUUAUGAUGGUUUCUUCACCAGUCGCCCCAUUCUCAACGCCGUUCCAGCGGCUUUGUUGAUGACGCUUUACGAUGUGUGCGCACGUAGGUACACGGAAUUCCUGCACCCGGAGCUGCAGAAGGUACAUGGGGAGGUGGAUCAGCCGAUUUUCGGCGUCCGCAGCGCCCCAUACGUGAGUUCACUUCCAAAGUACGAGUUUGCGCGAAAAGAUGAUUUAUGA